UUAAUGGAAAAAAAGUAAUAAUAAAAUUAAAAAAUAAAAGAUAGACUUAAUGGAUAUGUGCUUCCUCUAACAGAAAAUUCAAGAGCUGGAAACUUCCCUACAAGAAGCUAAAGAAAAUGCUACAUAUAAGGAAGACAAGAUCGUCAAGAUGCAGAAAGAACUAGAUGUGAGUAAGGACGUGAUAGCAGAACUUCAGACCAAAGUUAGGGAGUCAAACACAUCCCUUGAAAAAGCAAAAGAAUCAGUCCAGGUACUUCAGGCUUUUGCAAAAGAAGGUGCCAGAGUCGUAGCCACAGAUAUCAAUGAGUCCAAACUUCAGGAACUGGAAAAGUACCCAGUCUGCAGAAUCAGACUAACCAAUAAAAGAAGAAGACACUUCAGCCAAAAAUUACCAUUACUACCUUCUUACAACAAAUGAAUUAAAGGCGGAGGUGUUAGAGAUCACUGCCGUUUGAACUCUGCCAACAACAUGCUUGGCAUACGUGCAAAGUUGCCUCCACAAGCAUGUCUAUGAUGAAAGCCAAACAGGCAAGUAGCAGGUUCUGGAGUGCAGUGUCCCUUAUGUUUAGAUUAGAUUUUUAAA